GCGAGAGGUGGAGGCAGUGGAGAUAUGCCAAAGUCUCUGUGGUUUAAAGAUGGGCCUGCUGGCGGUCUGAUAAUUAUUGACAGUAUGCCGGACAUAAGGAAAAGAAAACCCAUACCUCUUGUCAGCGACUUGGCAAUGUCCUUGGUGCAAUCCCGUAAAGCAGGCAUAACAUCAGCACUCGCAACAAGCACUUUAAACAAUGAAGAGCUAAAAAAUCAUGUUUACAAGAAAGCCCUGCAAGCUUUAAUCUAUCCAAUUUCCAGCACUACUCCCCACAACUUUGAGGUGUGGACUGCCACAACCCCCACCUAUUGUUACGAGUGUGAAGGGCUUUUGUGGGGGAUUGCCCGUCAGGGUAUGCGAUGCACAGAGUGUGGAGUUAAGUGCCAUGAAAAAUGCCAGGACCUCUUAAAUGCUGACUGUCUACAAAGAGCAGCAGAGAAGAGCUCAAAGCACGGGGCAGAAGAUCGCACACAUAAUAUCAUCAUGGUUCUGAAAGAUCGUAUGAAAAUCCGUGAAAGGAACAAGCCAGAGAUCUUUGAACUCAUCCAAGAAGUUUUUGGAGUUCCCAAAGCCACACAUGCUCAUCAAAUCAAAGCUGUAAAACAAAGUGUUCUUGAUGGUACAUCCAAGUGGUCAGCAAAGAUCAGCAUUACUGUGGUAUGUGCACAAGGUCUACAAGCCAAGGACAAGACAGGUUCCAGUGACCCUUACGUUACUGUUCAGGUUGGGAAAACAAAGAAAAGAACUAAAACUAUCUAUGGAAACCUUAAUCCCGUCUGGGAGGAGAAUUUCCAUUUUGAGUGUCACAACUCUUCAGAUCGAAUUAAAGUUCGUGUAUGGGAUGAGGAUGAUGACAUAAAAUCAAGAGUGAAGCAGAGGUUCAAACGUGAGUCAGACGAUUUCUUGGGCCAAACCAUCAUUGAAGUUCGAACCCUGAGUGGAGAGAUGGAUGUAUGGUACAAUCUAGAUAAGCGUACAGACAAGUCUGCUGUGUCUGGUGCAAUUCGACUACACAUCAGUGUGGAGAUCAAAGGCGAGGAGAAGGUGGCACCAUAUCAUGUACAAUACACCUGUCUGCAUGAGAACCUGUUCCACUACCUAACGGAUGUGCAGAAUAAUGGGGUUGUUAAAAUUCCAGAUGCUAAAGGGGAUGAUGCUUGGAAGGUUUACUUUGAUGAGACUGCCCAGGAAAUUGUGGAUGAGUUUGCAAUGCGAUAUGGAGUGGAGUCCAUAUACCAGGCUAUGACUCAUUUUGCCUGCCUAUCUUCCAAAUAUAUGUGUCCUGGAGUACCAGCUGUUAUGAGCACACUUCUCGCCAAUAUCAAUGCCUACUAUGCCCACACAACUGCAUCAACCAAUGUGUCUGCCUCUGAUCGCUUUUCUGCCUCAAACUUUGGGAAGGAGAGAUUUGUAAAGCUGCUCGAUCAACUGCACAACUCCUUGCGUAUUGAUCUUUCCAUGUAUCGGAACAAUUUUCCUGCUAGUAGCCCAGAACGACUUCAAGAUCUGAAAUCCACUGUUGAUCUAUUAACCAGUAUUACAUUUUUCAGAAUGAAGGUGCAAGAAUUACAGAGUCCUCCCAGGGCAAGCCAGGUAGUGAAAGACUGUGUGAAGGCCUGCCUCAACUCUACUUAUGAAUACAUCUUUAACAACUGUCAUGAACUAUACAGCCGAGAAUAUCAGAGUGACCCGAAUAAAAAGGGGGAGGUGCCUCCAGAAGAGCAGGGACCAAGUAUCAAGAAUUUGGAUUUUUGGUCCAAACUAAUUACAUUGAUAGUGUCUAUCAUAGAAGAGGAUAAGAAUUCAUACACACCGUGUCUAAACCAAUUCCCCCAGGAACUAAAUGUUGGUAAGAUCAGUGCUGAAGUCAUGUGGAGUCUGUUUGCUCAGGACAUGAAAUAUGCAAUGGAAGAACAUGAUAAGCACCGUCUAUGUAAGAGUGCGGACUACAUGAAUUUACACUUUAAAGUCAAGUGGCUAUACAAUGAAUAUGUGACAGAGCUUCCAGCAUUUAAGAACAAAGUGCCUGAAUAUCCAGCUUGGUUUGAACCUUUUGUUAUCCAGUGGUUAGAUGAGAAUGAAGAGGUUUCCCGGGAUUUUCUUCAUGGAGCCCUGGAGCGAGACAAAAAAGAUGGGUUCCAGCAAACCUCAGAACAUGCACUGUUUUCCUGCUCUGUAGUAGACGUUUUCUCACAGCUCAACCAGAGCUUUGAGAUCAUUAAGAAGCUGGAAUGCCCCGAUCCUCAAAUAGUGGGACAUUAUAUGCGUAGAUUUGCCAAGACAAUCAGUAAUGUCCUUCUCCAGUAUGCAGAGAUCAUCUCCAAAGACUUUGCUUCACACUGCUCCAAAGAGAAGAAAGAGGAGAAAGUGCCAUGUAUAUUAAUGAAUAACAUUCAGCAGCUCCGGGUCCAGCUAGAAAAAAUGUUUGAAGCAAUGGGUGGAAAAGAAUUGGAUCCAGAAACUAGUGACAUCCUCAAAGAGUUGCAAGUGAAGCUAAACAAUGUGUUGGAUGAGCUAAGCAGAAUAUUUGCUACAAGUUUCCAGCCACAUAUUGAGGAGUGUGUGAAACAAAUGGGAGAAAUUCUUAGUCAGGUUAAAGGAACUGGAAAUGUGCCUGCCAGUAACUGCAGCAGUGUGGCCCAGGAUGCUGAUAACGUAUUACAACCUAUACUGGACCCACUAGACAGCAACCUUACCCUGUUUGCUAAAAUUUGUGAAAAGACUGUUUUGAAACGUGUUUUGAAGGAGCUUUGGAAACUAGUGAUGAAUACAAUGGAGAAAACUAUUGUACUACCACCACUAACAGACCAGACGAUGAUAGGGACGCUACUCAGAAAACAUGGCAAAGGGCUAGAGAAGAGCAGGGUGAAGCUACCGUACCAUGCAGAUGGGACCCAUCUCAUCAUCAAUGCUGCUAAAGAGCUUGGACAACUAUCUAAACUCAAGGAUCACAUGGUGAGGGAGGAAGCAAAGAGUCUGACUCCUAAGCAGUGUGCUGUGGUGGAGCUUGCACUCGACACUAUUAAGCAAUAUUUCCAUGCUGGAGGUGUUGGUCUUAAAAAGACUUUCUUGGAGAAAAGUCCUGACUUGCAGUCUCUGCGCUAUGCACUUUCUCUAUAUACACAGGCAACGGACACACUCAUCAAAACCUUUGUCCAAACACAGACUGCUCAGGUCCAUAAUGGAAAAGGUAUUAGGUUUACUCUUAAUGAAGAGACUUAUCCAGAAAAGGGAUCUGGAGUGGAUGAUUCAGUUGGAGAGGUUUCCAUUCAUGUAGAACUCUUCACCCAUCCAGGAACAGGGGAGCACAAGAUUAGUGUCAAAGUUGUUGCUGCAAAUGAUCUGAAAUGGCAAACUUCUGGGAUUUUCCGGCCUUUCAUUGAGGUCAACAUGAUUGGCCCAAACCUGAGUGACAAAAAGAGAAAAUUUACUACAAAAUCCAAGAAUAAUAGUUGGGCCCCAAAAUAUAAUGAGAGCUUCCAAUUUACACUGGGGAAUGAAAAUGGACCAGAGUGCUAUGAACUGCAGGUGUGUGUGAAAGAUUACUGCUUUGCACGUGAAGACCGAACAGUGGGUACAGCUGUUAUGCAGCUGAGAGAUCUAGCACAAAGAGGUAGCUGUGCUUGCUGGCUGCCACUUGGACGUCGUAUUCAUAUGGAUGAGACAGGACUGACUAUACUAAGAAUUUUGUCACAGCGCAACAAUGAUGAGGUGGCCAAAGAAUUUGUCAAACUCAAAUCUGACACUCGCUCUCCUGAAGAGGGCAGCUAGGGUCCAUCCUUUCAAUAACAAGAUUACCCUUUCUACUGCCUUGCAUCCCAGGCCCAGAUUGUAGAUAGUUUAAAUAUUUAAAAAAAUAUACAUUUUAAAACACAUUUAACCAAGUCACUGUCAGCAGUGCUUGCCAAGCUCUGCAUAAUGCUCAUCUGCCUUUCUGGCAGUGACAUGGGUAAGGUGUACACAAAUACACACCACCAAGGGCUGCGUUUAUAUGUGCCAUUGUGUUAAUGUUCUCCCCGCUGGACUACAUAAGCACAGUUGUAAGGGGGCCUUAACUCAUGUCCUGCAUCAAACUGCUGGGCAGUUAACUGCACCCCAGCAGUGGGAGGAUUAGCAGUUUGAGAAACCAUGUGUCCCUAAAAAAGGGGGGUACAGAAGUCACUAUCCCUUUCCUGACCUUUCCGUUUAAGUUGCCUGCACCUCACCUGCUGUGUAUAUAGGAUCUUCCUGUACCAGUGUCUUAUUCUGUGCAUUGGUGCUGCAUGGGUAUUAGUUUUCUUUGAAACAACUACCCUAAACCUUUAUCCACAAAGCUCUUGGUAAACCCUUUUCACCUCAUGCCUGUUUUAAAGCCUUGGACUGCAAAAAGGACACUGCCAACUGCUCAGCACCUCUAUCCUUUCCUUAAAAUGCCCAUAAUAAUUCAGCACUGAAACAGGCUUACAAGUCCCAGAUUCUGAUCAGGACAGGAAGGGCAAAACAUCGUAAUCUCCCACUACAUACUGCACAAGGGGUUGAAACUCCCAUACGAUUAGAAAAAAUGUGGCAUGCUGUUUGGAAGGAAAAAUGCUGAUGAUAUCCCUUUGCCUCUGACUCGCCCAUUGUGUACAGAAUAUUCCUCCUCCUUUUCCUUCCUCCUGGGUGCAUGUGAAAAUGUUUUGCACUAACUUGGACAUUUUUGGUCUCUGUAAAAAUAUUUUAUUAUAACAGCCAUUAAAUAGAAAUAAAGAAA